UGUCGGUGCGGCGGCGGCCCCACCUAUCGUUUGGCUGCCAUCCGGCUGGGCGUCUGGCCGAAAUGAACGAAACCCUUCGUUUUCCGGCGACAGCCCGCACCGCACCUGCUCGGCACGGCCCCGCUAUAUAACAACUUGCCGCUCUUCCGCCGCCACGUGCUCGCUGCCCGCCGCCGCGCCGCAUUCGCAUUCGCAUCGCCGCACCGCGCUGCCGAGGCUGGCUUUGCUUACUUACUAGACGGACGAGGAGUGGAUUGGAGUAACUAGCAGCAACCCUAGCCCGGCAGGCCCCGUCGCGAAACCCUAGGCUUCGCCGGCGGCGGUCGCCGGAGAUGGCCUCCUCGCCGCCGCGCGCCCCGCGGCGGUUUCUUUUCGACCUCAACGUCGCGCAGGAGGAGGUCGAGGAGGAGGAGCCCAUGGAGACGGAGGUGCUUGAGGAGGAGGGAGCCCCUGCCCCGGUGGCGCAGCCCGAGGAGGCUGUCGGCGAGGAGGUCGCUGAGCAGGUGGUCGAGCACGCGGUGCCUACCGUGGAGGAGGAGGAGCCUGUGGAGGAGGUGAUCAUGGAGGAGGAGCCUUCGGAGGAGGUGAUCAUGGAGGAGGAUGAAUCUGCUACGGCGCCGGCGGGGGAGGUGAUUGGGGAGGGGAAGGGGAGGAAAAAGAGGAUAGACUACGAGGUCUUCGUGUCCGGGCUUCCGCGGGACGCCGCUGAGGAGGACGUGGCGAAGGCGCUGGCGGAGGCCGGAGAUGUCGAGGAGGUGCGCCUCGUGCGGGAUCCAGCGGACCAGCGGCUGAACAAGGGCUUCGCUUUUGUCCGUUUCGCCGCCGCCUGGCAGGCGCGAUGGGCGGCCAACGACCUCCGCGAGGCUACGAUUAAGGGAAAAGCUUGUGGAAUAUGCAAGAACAGUGAAAAUGAGACUCUUCAUGUCCGAAAUAUAUGCUUUGAUUGGUCAAAGGAUGAUUUAGCUGAGAAACUGGAACCUUUCAAGUUGGAAAACUUGGAUAGAAUUAAUCUAAUUGAGCACCCAGAAAAAAAGGGUAAAAACAGAGGCUAUGCAUUUCUUGACUUCAGGACUCAUGUAGAUGCUGUGGCAGCUUUUGUGAAACUACAGAAAAGAGAUCUGUAUCUUGGAACUGAUUUUAGAGCGCACAUAUCAUUUUCAAACACUCUGUCACAAGACGAUGAGAUCAUGGAAAAGGUGAAAUCUGUUUUCUUGGAUGGGUUACCACCUCACUGGGAUGAAGACAAAGUGAGAGAAAUGUUCGGGAAAUUUGGUGAAAUUGAUAGCAUACAACUGGCUAGAAAUAUGUACACAGCAAAACGAAAAGAUUUUGGUUUUAUUGGCUUUACAACAAGACAGUCAGCUUUAGACUGCAUUAAGAUGGUCAAUAAAGAUGGUGUUGGCGAAGGUAGUGGAAAGGUUCUCAUAAAAGCUAGUUUGCAAAGGCCAAGGCAUGCUUUCAAAAAGAAUUCCUGGCAAGGCUCUAGUUCCUUGUUAGGCGUCAGAAGAGGAUUUGUAGAUAAAAGUUAUAGUGGUAGAGGACACCACUCAGACAGAUAUAGGCAUUAUAGUCCUGAAAGGCGUUCAUAUUUAGAUAAUCAUUCUCGCCGCCACCGCUCUAUUGAUGUUGAAGAAAGGCAUACUUCUAUGCGAGGAUACAGAGCUUACUAUAGAAGGGAUUCUCCAGUUCAUGCCUCAAACUAUAAAUAUGGACGGUCACAUCCAGAGACAAGAAUCAGGGAAGAAUAUGAUGAGAGACGAUACACUAGUAAAUAUCCAAAACACAGGCAGGCAAUGCAUGAAACCAUGGAGCGGGAUGCAUACUGCAGGAACAAAUAUGGACAUUCAUACCAGGAGAGGGCACAUAGAACUUGCCCUUGCCCAGAAUGUAACUUGAGUGGUCAAAAUUGCAGUUACCCCAAUGGCGAGGAAUUUUCUGCAAUCAGCGGUUGUGAGCAGGCAUACUACAAGACAGACCGUGAUCUGACGCCUUCAACUUCUCAAGUAGCAUCUCAUUGUGAGGAUUCUUGCUGCAAGGGCCAGCAGUUGAUGCCUAAAAGUUCUUCUGUGAUGUGUGAUUGUGACGAAUGCUAUGCUAAUCAAGAGUCAACACCAAGUCCAAGUGAGCAUGCCAGAAAAAGAUCCAAUCUUCCAGUGCCUCUUCAUCAUCGGCUUGCCAAACAUUCUAAUGAGCAUGGGAGGCAUGUGGAUGAUGCACAUUCUGCUUUUGAGGUGGAGUACACCGUCAGGGAAAGCCGAAGUCGGUAUCUCUCUUCCAAAGAUGCUCCAAGUACUCACUCCAGGAAGCACCAUAGGUCAGCAAGAUAAGCUGUUAAGUCUCACAAGAUAGAGAAAAUCUAGUAGCGGCUCGCUUCUGAUACUUCGUAGCAUGUGAUCGAUAGCAUUUGUUACCCCGGCCCUGCUUGCGUGGCUGACACCCUGUUGCGGGGAGGAAACUGCUUGAAGGACAGCAGUAUACCGUCCCAAGUUAUAACCAGAUAUUUUGCCUUGUCUCGGUUCUAUGUAUUCGCGUUCGAUCCCUCGAAAUGUGAUGCUGAACUGGUUUGGGUGCGCAAACCUAGAAAUUGAUCUUACAGUAGACAAGUCUCGUUGUCUGGAUA